AUGACAGGAAAAUCCUACACGAAGAUGGUACCUCCUGAUGGCGGGUGGGGAUGGCUUAUUGUUUUAGGAUCGAGUAUAAUGAACGUUUCAACAAUUUCCGUUGGACCAUCAUUUGGAUUGCUUUUCGGAGAUCUCCUCAAAGAGCUUGGUGUCGAGACAACCGGCGCAUCUUUGGUGAUGUCUACAAUGGAAGGAGUUUCUUACUUUUCAGGUCUUAUUGUCGGAGCUCUAACAAAGAAGUAUUCCUACAGGAAAGUAGCUAUUUUAGGAGCGGCGUUAUGUACCACAGCCUUUCUAUCGACUGCUCCAGCAAACAGUAUGCUGCACAUCAUGAUUACGUAUGCAGUAAUUGGAGGUAUUGGAGUCGGCCUUGCUAAUUCAUCUACCCUGGUAGUUAUUAAUGAAUACUUCACAAAAAAGAAAGGACAGGCGAUAGCUCUUUCAAUGACUGGUACUGUUGUAGGGUUUAUGUUGAUGCCUCAAAUUGUCAGAUUCUUGCUGGAUGAAUAUGAUUUUCGUUCCGCUCUUCUCAUAAUAGGGGCAUUAUCUCUUCAUGCUGUGGUGGGAGCUUAUUUAUUUCAACCAGUUUCCUGGCACAAGAAAGCAGUAAUGGUUGUAUGGAAGAAGAAGAAGCCCACACUCUGUUACUAACUGAUAAAAAGGAUAAUCCAGCCUCAACAGAUACCGCAAAUGGAGUGAAAAGUAAUGUGAGUUGGCCAACUUCAGAAGAGAGAAAUAGUUUGUUAGAUAUUCCAUCCAAAGAUUUCUCCCCAAAAAAAUCUUUAAUUCAGCACUCCGAUGGUGCAGGAAAUACACUUUAUAUCCAAGAAAUUACUGAUGAAGAAUCUGGAAAAGAACUGGUAAAAUUAACCGAUAAUUCAAAUGGGAAAGAAAGACAAAAAAACAACACAAAAAACAAACUCAGAAAACAUACAAAAUCAUUAAAAAGUAGUUUGUCAAGGUUUUAUAAUUUUAUGGAUCUUGAUCUCUUAAGAGAUGGUGUAUAUUUGAAUAUCCUCUAUAGUCAGUCAAUGCUAGUUGUGGUUGAAGUGAAUUUCAAACUGAUUUUGCCUUUCUUCUUAUCGGACCUUGGCUUCACACAUUCUGAAACUGCAUCUGUCUUGUCAUCAAUGGCUGUGUCAGACAUAUGCUGUCGAUUAAUUGUACCUCCAAUUUUGGAUAGGGUAGCAGUCUCCAGGCGGGCCACUUUCAUUUUUGGCUCUAUUUGUGUAGCCUUAGGCCGGUCUUGUUUAGCUUUACAGAGGUCUCUUGGACAAAUCAUAAUUACAUUAGUGAUUAUUGGUUUCUUCCGUGGAAUAUCUCUAACAUCAUAUCCACUAGUUUUGACUGAAUACUCAUCUGGCAACAAUUUUCCUUCUGUUCUUGGUUUGUGUAUGGUUUCUAAUGGGAUUUCGAUUGUAAUCUUAGGACCUGUGUCAGGAUAUAUUCGAGACGUUACUAAUAGCUAUCCUUUGUUUAUCCAUUGCCAAACUGUUCUAAUGAUUUCGGUAUUAAUUGCUUGGAUUGUAGAAAUAAUCAUCUUAAAGUCUAGAAAGAAUAAGCAGGCAGACCUAGAUGUGUUAGAUAGAGAAACUGAAGACAAAAUAACAGUGACAAAAGUAUGA